AUGGGUGAUGGUGGUGCUAACGCUGAGGUUGUUUCCUCUCCGUCAACAGGGCUGACCACGAUCAUGUGCUGGCAAAACGGGACGUCGUUUGCGAUUGGAGAGGACGUCGUGCACGAGUUUAGUAUCUUCAAGACUCACGUGUACCCCCGAUCGAUGUAAGCCCCACAGUACGACAAAGUCGCUGAAACCACCAUGUGGUAGACCACAGCGUGGUAGCAUGUACCGGUCGCCCCGGUGGUCUAGGGGGUAGCCUCGCAGCCUGCUAAAGGCCAGGUCCUGGGUUCGAGUCCCGACAGAGUGAGUAUUUUCUCGUUGAUUAAAUCCUGGUCUCCGUUGGAAGCGAUGCGCUGCGUUGUAGACUUGAUCGACUUCAUAAGUAGCGAGGGAAGGGAUUGCUGUACCCUUCUGGCGAUAAAAAUAUCUCGGACAGGAACCGCAGGAGGGGGUCUAACCCCCCCCUCCUAUGUGACCCCGGUUGAGUUGUCUAGCUGGUUGAAGUGGAGGAUAGGGGCCAGAGGGCAGUCGACAGAGUCCAAUGAUGGGAGACAAAAACAAAUAAUGUAUCAUGCCGAUUUGCGAGGUCUCGAGCGGAAAUGGACGACGUCUGCCUCGACGUCGAAGGGUGAAGUGUUCUGACACGGAUGAACACCUAGUUGCAUCCAUUUACAUAACACGUGACGCGCCCCAGGUCAGGUCGUCGCCCCAAACUCCGAUGAUGAUAUACUAAUUGAUUCUACUUUGGCAAGGUUACACAAGGUCAACCACCUCCCCACAAAAAGUAUCCUACAGCAUGGUUUUAUAGUUCGAUACCACUGAAUUCUGCUUCUAUCCGUUGGUUUGGAAAUCACCGAAACCUCAGAGUACAUGUACUCAAGGUACUCCCCUUAGAAAAAUGAUUGGUAGACAUCCUGCACUCAACACGUACGUCAGAAUGACCUUUGGCCAACACCGUUCUAUCCACGUGGUCUAUGGGUUUCCCUCUCCAAACACGAGCUAAGCGUCGACAAUAGACCUUGUGCAAUCUCCCGGUGUCCGAGAGGAUCUGCAGUUCUAGAUGAACGACGGUUCCCAAUACCUUCACGAGAGGCGUGAGUAACAACGGUACAGCUAGACCUCGAGAUUAGAAGUUUUCAGGGCGAAAAAAUGUCCCUGGUCGCUAGCCGAAUAGACUUUUUAAUAUAUUUUCCAACCAAUCAAAACAGCAGGAUGGGCGGACACGUCACAAUAUUUUGGACAAGCCCGAGACUUCUUUGUCACCACAUGCACGAGCUGGGUACAGCUCACUCCCUGUGCAUUUCCGCCUGCCAGAAGUCCGGUCACGGCACCGCCGAAUGCUACACGUCCGCUCCUCUUCGUUUUCCAGCAUCCGCGCUUGCUUCUUCGCUUCUUCCUCUGCCGAUUUUUGCUUUGCGGCAAGCUUGCGCUUCACCGCAGCCGCCUGUUUCAGCUUGUUGACGUGAGC